CCACACUAGAACACAUUGGUCGUCAUUGUGUUCUCUCUUCCCUAGCUUCCAUCAUUCUAGAGACCGUGUGACACGAUGAGUGCGUUUGGCAUCUCAGGUUUGGCACACUUGUUUGGGGUCUUGGCCAUCAUCCUCUUGCUUGUUUGGUUGUUGCAUUACCGAGAAGGGAUUGAGUUUGAUUCGGACAUUGGAUUUCGCGUCUUCAAUGUUCACCCUUUAUUGAUGUUCUUGGGAUUUAUUUUUCUUGCUGGUGAAGGUAUGAUGGCAUUCCUAACGAUUCCAGGCAAAAGGGAAGUGAGGAAGUUUGUUCAUAUGACACUCCAUAUCGUUGCUAUUAUUCUUGGUAUUGUUGGUUUGUAUGCCGUAUUCAAGUUCCAUGAUAUGGCACACAUUGCGGAUCUUUAUAGCCUCCAUUCAUGGAUUGGCAUUGUCACCUUCGGCUUAUUUGGUUUGCAGUGGCUUUUUGGUUUCGUGACGUUCAUGCUUCCAGGGGCACAAGGUCCAACAAGAGCUACAAUGCUUCCAUGGCACAAAGCUGGUGGCAGAGCACUGUUGUUCAUGGCAGUUUGUGCAGCAGAAACAGGAUUAAUGGAGAAGUCCAGAUUCAUAGGUCUAAAGCCAUAUCAAACAGAGAUCAAUUUGGUCAACUUCACAGGCCUUGCAAUUCUAUUGUUUGGAGUUUCUGUUAACAUUGUUGUUGGUCUUCGUUAGUUUGCCAUUACUACACUCUGUACUUCAUACAUUUGAUGUCCAUAACAAAUUGGAUUUAACCCGCAUUUCUUGCCUCUUUCCUAACUGAUUUGUAUUAAUAAGAAUAAUAAUUUGUGUACAUACGGAUGGAUUCAACCACCAAUCGACACACGUCACAAUCUACAUACUCUGGUAUUACGUUUUGGAAGA